ACCGUCCAAAUGUGCUAAGGUACAAUACUAUUGCGUGUUGUUGUUAAUUUAUCCUCUUGCCAAACAAGAAACGCAAAACCAAACAACUAAAAAAUUCUCUUUGAAAUUCCUCAUCAAGUUUUGGGAAGAUGAUGCAUAUGACUCUCUACUGGGGCAAAAAGGUUACGAUUUUGUUUGAUUCAUGGAAAACCGAUUCAUGGACCAGCUAUUUCCUUUCUCUUCUUGCGUGCUUCCUCGUCUCCGUUUUCUACCAGUACAUGGAGGAUCGCCGCCUCCGCUUCAAGCUCCUUUCUGUCAAAACCCAAAAGUUGUCCAAUGGGUCGGCUGCCCUCAACAGCCCUUUACUCUUGUCCAAUUUCGCCAGCAGAGGCGGCAAAUGGGCUGCAUCAAGAUUUGCCGGGGCGAUUUUAUUUGGAGUCAACUCUGCGAUCGGUUAUCUUCUUAUGCUGGCCAUCAUGUCUUUUAAUGGCGGAGUGUUUAUAGCGGUGGUUGUGGGGCUUGCAAUUGGGUACUUGGUUUUCAGGUGCAGCGAUGAAGAAGUGGUGGUGGUGGAGGACAAUUCAUGUGCUUGUUCUUGAGUCUUAAAAUAUUUUUCAUUUUCGAUCUUGAAUCUGUUAGAUCAUAUGUAAAGUUUACUGAAAUGAAUAUUCGCAUUAUUUUUACUGGAUAUGUUAUGUAAUUCUAUCUUCUUUGGGAUGUGGUAUAUUUUCUUGAUUGUUUGCU